AUGAACGAUAAUGAGGUUUUCGCGAUGCCGCGAGACAGCAGCGAUGAAGAGAAUCACAUUAAUGCCUCGAAGAACGCCAAGGCUGCUCCCGAGCCAGCCACAGUCUCAUCGAAGCCGCCCAGACGCAAGAAGGAGCCCCCAAAGCCCACUCGUACAUCCAAAAGACCCAAGUUGCAGGACCAGCCAGAUCUACUACACACGAAGCCUGAGGAGGAGAAGAGUGCAAGCAACGAGGCUGGGUUGACUUCACAGUCACUUGAGUGGGACUUGUUCGGCUCACAAGGUGCGUCACAGAAGCGGUCACAGAACAAGUUUAAGAGAAAGUAUGAGAGGCCGCCGCCUGCUGGCUUCACAAGCGAGCUCGGUGGGUUUAGAGCACCACAUGUGAUGCCCGAGAAGACGACCGGUCUUGAGAAACCGGAUGCGCCCAAGAAGUCUAUACCAGAACUACCCACCGAGCAGACGGUGAACAGUCGCCGCACAUUCAAGAUAUUUGAGAUGCCCAGUGUGGUACCGGUCUCUAGCGGAGUCAGUCAGGACACAUCGCCGCCCGACGAUGCGGGUCUUUCCAGCCCUUCACAACGACCUCCUCGGUCUGACUCUUCUCCGCCCUCAACACCGGUCUCAACGAUGAGAGAUCGAGGGGCUUCGGACUGCGAAGACGGUUCACCGCAGAAGUCCAAUAUUUGCCCUGUAUGUCAGAAGGAAGUGGUGCGUUCACGCCUGGUGAAUCCCGGCAUGGACAUUCGGGAAGUGCAUACCUUCCCGUUCCGAAAGCAGCGAGCGUUCUGUCUUGAACAUAGUCGCGCAGACGCUGAGGUAUUUUCCACAGAAAAUGGUUACCCAGAGAUCGAUUGGAAGCUUUUGAGGACCCAACGCAUCCCCGCGCUCAAGGACUUCUUGAAGGAGAUCAUCACUCGAAGACGGAAGAGUCACUACUUUGAAGAGCUGGACGCUCAGAUUGCCGACAAACGUAAUCGAAAGCAGAUUCGCGAGUACCUUGCCAAGCAAAGGAAUAGCACUGAGCUGGUUCCGACUGGUUACUAUGGCGCCAAAGGUGCCCAAAUCAUCGCCGAGGUCAUUACACGAGAACUGUCCAGGUAUAUCAGUAGCAGAGCUACUAAUGAGGCGAUUAUGGCUGUUGGCGUAGGACCAUUCGUCUCCACUGUGCUGGUCCCGGAGCUCACUACCAAGUUGAUUAUGGAGGACAUGAAUGUACAUGACGAGGCGAAGGCACGGGCUAUCAUGCAAGAAAGCGCCCAUGCCGGCAUGUUCCUGCACCCAGAGGACGAGAAAGUCGAGCGAAGAGAUGAGGACUGA